AUGAGCAUAUUGGGGUUAUCAUUGCGCUUAAUUGUGUUUUAUCGUCUACUUAUAAGGCUUUUGCUGUUUACUGUUUUUGUUUCUAAUUAUAUAUCUUUUGCUUCUGAGCAGCAGCCAUUUUGCCAUGACGAAGAAAGAUUAGCAUUAUUGCAGUUCAAGGAUAGCUUUGUCAUUAACAAAUCUACUUCUUCUUUUGAAGGUGCUUAUCCAAAGGUUUUACAAUGGAAUUCUGGUAGUAAUUGCUGCUUAUGGGAUGGAAUCGAUUGCGAUGAGGAAACUGGUCAUGUGAUUGGUCUCGACCUUGGCAGUAGUUGUCUCUUUGGCUCUAUCAACUCCAGUAGCACCCUCUUUACCCUUGUCCAUCUUCAAAUGUUGAGUGUUGCAGACAACCACUUUAAUUUCUCUCAGAUUCCUGCUGCUAUUGGCCAACUGUCUAGCCUAACUUUUCUCAACCUUUCUAGUUCUGCCUUUUAUGGCCAAGUCCCAUUGGAAAUUUCAAACUUGUCCAAGUUGUCCUCCCUUGAUAUGUCUUCCAAUUAUGAUCCAGAUACUGGAGAAAAAUUUUUGCUGCUUAGAAAUCCCAAUCUCAAAACAUUAGUUCAGAAUUUGUCGGGGUUAGAAAUCCUUAUCCUUAGUUAUGUAGACAUAUCGUCUGACAUACCUGAUUUGCUCACAAAUUUCACUUCUUUGACGACAUUGCAUCUUAGGGAAUGUGAACUGUAUGGUGAUUUUCCCCCUGAACUUUUUCAACUACCAAACCUACAGAGUUUGAUUGUGCAGUUCAAUGAGAAUCUCACUGGUCGUCUUCCUGAAUUCCGGCAAAGAAGCCCUCUUACAACAUUGAGACUAAGGGGUACCAAGUUUUUUGGAAGCCUGCCUUAUUCAAUUGAAAAACUUGACUCAUUAGAUAUGUUAGAUGUUAAAUAUUGCAAUUUUUCAGGGCCUAUUCCAUUUUCCCUUGGUAAACUUACCCACCUUACGUAUCUAAACCUUAAGGGAAAUAAUUUCAGUGGUGACAUUCCAUCUUCUCUUCGAAACCUUACCCAUCUCACAACAUUAUCAAUUGGAGAAAAUCAAAUAACAGGUCCAAUCCCACUAUGGCUGGGGAACCUUACCAAACUAAGUAAGUUAAGCCUUCAAGAUAAUCUAUUGCAUGGUACAGUUCCACAAUCAUUAUCUAUGCUCGUGAAUCUUGAAAAGCUUAAUAUAAGGUAUAACAAUUUGGGUGGCAAUUUGAAAUUUGACAUGUUUUUUAACAUGAAAAAUCUCACUCAUCUCCGACUUGGCCAUAACAAUUUGUCAUUGAUCUUUGGAGAGGAAAACCGAAAUGCGACUGUUUCAAAAUUCAAGGUUCUACAUCUGGGCUCAUGCAACCUGAGAAAAUUCCCGAAUUUUCUCAGGCAUCAAAAUGAACUGGAGUUGUUGACUCUUGGUGGAAACAAGAUAAGUGGCAAAAUACCAAAUUGGAUGUGGAACACAAGCAAAAACACUUUGAUGAAGUUGCACGUAAGUAACAACUUCCUAACAGGCUUCGAUCAAAUUCCUGCAGUUCUUCCUUGGGUCAACUUAGGCCUAUUUGAUAUUUCAUCUAAUAUGUUGCAAGUAGAGCUGCCAAUUCCUCCACCAUCCAUUGCUCGAUAUGAUGUCUCAAACAACAUGCUGACUGGAGAAAUUCCACCUGUAUUUUGCAACAUGAGUUCACUUCACAUCCUUGAUUUGUCUGAUAACAACUUGGGUGGCAUAAUUCCACAAUGUUUGGGAAACUCAAGUAGUUCUCUAUCAGUUCUGAAUUUAAGAAACAACUCCUUUCAUGGCAUCAUCCCUCCACUAUGCAGCAGCAACAAUGCAAGUCAGUUGAAAAUGAUUGAUGUUAGUUAUAAUCAAUUCCAGGGGAAGCUACCACGAUCGUUGUCUAACUGUUUGAUGCUUGAAGCUAUUGUGGUCUCCAACAAUCAACUACAUGGUUCUUUUCCAUCUUGGUUGGGAUCCCUUCCAGAUUUGAAACUUCUCAUACUACACCGAAAUGGGUUCUACGGUUCAAUUGAGAAACCCAAACAAGAUUUUUACUUCUCCAAUUUGCAAGUCCUUGAUCUGUCUUCGAAUAAUUUUACAGGUGAGUUACCAUCUCAAUACAUCUUCCAUUGGAAUGCCUUGAAUUCCAUCAAAUCCAAUGCCAAUGGUUUGACAUAUAUGGGUGCCAACAUGUACUACAGUACUAAUUCAACAACGGGUUAUGAUACUACAAUUGAAGAGCGUUACAGAAUCACAAUAAUGUCUAAAGGGGUGGCUACUUACUUCGAUUCCAUCCAAGAUGUCUUUGCGUUCAUUGAUCUAUCAGACAACAUAUUUGAAGGAGAGAUUUCUGAUUUGUUUGGGAACCUAAAAGCCCUUCACUCUUUGAAUUUCUCCAAUAAUAUGCUCACUGGUUGCAUCCCAUCGUCGUUGUGGAAUUUAUCAGAGCUUGAAUCGUUGGACCUUUCUCGAAACAACCUCUCAUGUCAUAUCCCUCAAGAGCUUACGCAACUUGGAUUCCUCUCAAGCUUUAAUGUGUCCCACAAUAAUCUCACGGGGCCUAUACCUCAAGGGAAGCAGUUUAACGCAUUUGAUAGCAGCUCAUAUGAUGGGAACCCAGAAUUGUGCGGUGAUCCAUUACCAAAGAAAUGUGGAAAUUCACAGUCUCCCCCAUCACCUUUUGAAGAUUAUCGUAAGGAUUCAAAGUCUAUACUCAAAAAAGACUGGAUGUUUAUUUUGGCAGGUUAUAUAAGUGGGCUGGUUGUUGGAGUGGUUCUUGCUGACAUUGCGAUGGAGAAGACACCUGGAUGGUUUCAUUGGUUUGUUGAUGUGCUAUCGGAGUGGAGAAAGCCAAGGAGGGGACGGAGAACUUGA